UGAAAAAAAAUAUUAUUAAAAUAAUUUAGAUAGAUAUAAAACUGGACAAAAUUAAUAAACCUAAAUCUAACACUCUCUCUUGGUUUCCCUAAAUCACAACGUUACCGUCAGCCCAUUUCUCCGGCGCAACCUGCAACAACUUCUAAUUCUGCGGCCACAGAAGAAGCAGCAAACCCCAUCAUCUAAGUAUGGACGUUUUCCACAAUGCUAAGGCAGUGCGCCUCCGCAGCCACCACGAUAAGUUUCUACUCGCUGAUGAAGAUGAGGAAUCGGUGAUCCAAGAUCGAAACGGAUCGUCCAAGAACGCCCGAUGGACCGUCGAGUUUGUUUCUGGAUCUGACUCCAUUAUCCGACUUAAGAGCAACUACGGCAAGUACCUCACCGCUUCCAACCAUCCUUUCUUGCUUGGUAUGACCGGUCGGAAAGUGGUCCAGACCCUUCCAAGACGGCUUGAUUCGUCGCUUGAGUGGGAACCCAUUAAGGAAGGGAGCCACGUCAAGUUCAAAACACGGUAUGGACACUUCCUCCGAGCCAAUGGAGGUUUGCCACCCUGGAGAAACUCGGUGACCCACGAUAUUCCUCAUCGAACCUCCACACAGGACUGGAUUUUGUGGCAUGUUGAGAUUGUUGAGAUUGAGGUUCAGUCUCCGGCUGGGAGACCCUCGGCUCCUGCACUUCCUCAUUCCGAUUCCUUGGAUUUCGAAUCGGGUUCGCCUUCCUCGCCUUCAAAUAAAUCUGGGAAUUACUCGAGACAAGAGUCAACUGAUUCUUAUGUUGGUUCGCCACCAAAAUUGGAUGGGAGAACUAUUUAUUACCAUAUAGCUGAUGAAAAUGGUGAAGUGGACGAUGAAUCAGUGGAGGGUUACUCUUUCACUUUUAGGGGUAAUGGGGUUGAAGAAUUGACUCGUAGAUUUGAGGAAGAAACUGGUAUUGAGGGUAUUAUAAUGUGUACUCGGAGCCCUUUGAAUGGAAAGCUAUAUCCACUUCGUUUGCAGCUUCCUCCUAAUAAUGUUACUAUGCAUCUUGUUGUUCUUCUUUCACAGUCAAAAGCGGCCAAAGAAUUAGAAAGCAAAGGUUUAUUAUAGGAUAUGCACUUGUUGGAGAACUAGAGAUGUGAAUGAAAGCUCUGGUAGAAUGAUAUGGGCCAACUAUCUAUUAAUGUAAAUUCUCAUCUAUGUCCUCUGUUUAUAUGGUAUCUGAAUUCUUAAAGUGUCUGAAUCAGUUAUAAACUAGAAUCUGUCGUCCCCAUCAUGAUCUCAAUAUUUAUAAGGUUCGACUUUAUUACGUUGUUAGUGGAGGAACUGUGUUAGUGGGUGCUCAUUCAGAGCCUUUACUAGAGUCUGAAAGCUUAAUCUUAACACAGUAAUCUUGGGGAAGAAGCCUAUUCAUCAAUAGAUUUUGUUGUAACACUAUAUUCUCAUAUUUUUUUGUUCUUUUUUUUUUAACUUAUAUUUUGGGUAGAUCAUUCAUGGCCUUUGUAUUCCCUUAUUGGUCAAGUUUUUAUUCUCAUGCUUCGUGUUGGUGUCGUUUUGGUAAAAACUGUUUGCAGUGGAUUAUUUUAUUCUAUACAUGAUUUUAUUACUGAAA